AUGCUACAAACCCAAAGUUCCCUGAUUACUUGGAGCCAGGAAAGAAACAUGAAGUGGCUUGUGCUCCUCGGGCUGGUGGCCUUCUCAGAAUGCAUAGUCAAAAUACCUCUAAGGAGAGUGAAGACCGUGAGAAAUACCGUCAGUGGAAAAAACACGCUGAACAAUUGCCUGAAGGAGCAUGCUUAUAGACUGUCCCAGAUUUCUUUUCGUGACUCAAAUCUAACUACUCUCUCGCUAAGGAACAUUAUGGAUAUGCUGUACAUGGGUAACAUCACCAUUGGAGCACCCCCUCAGGAAUUCCAGGUUGUCUUUGACACAGGCUCAUCUGACUUGUGGGUGCCCUCCGACUUUUGCACUAGUCCAACCUGUUCUAUACAUGUUAGGUUCAGACAUCUUCAGUCUUCCACCAUCUGGCCUACCAAUAAGACCUUCAUCAUCACCUACACAUCUGGGAGAAUUAAAGGAAUUGUUGUUCGUGACACAGUUCGGGGAACAAUUGGGGACCUUGUAAGCACUGACCAGCUGUUCAGUCUAAGCCUGGUGGAAUACGGGUUUGAUGGUAUACCUUUUGAUGGCAUCUUGGGCUUGAACUACCCAAACAUAUCCUCCUCUGGAGCCAUCCCCAUCUUUGACAAGCUGAAGAAUCAAGGUGCCAUUUCUGAUCCUGUUUUUGCCUUCUACUUGAGCAAAUACAAGCAGGAGGGCAGUGUGGUGAUGUUUGGUGGGGUGGACGAAUGCUACUAUGAGGGAGAGCUCAACUGGGUACCAUUGAUCCAAGUGGGCGACUGGAUUGUACACAUGGACUGCAUCUCCAUGAAAAGAAAGGUUAUUGCUUGUUCUGGUGGCUGCCACGCCAUUUUUGACACUGGGACAUCAGUGAUUGAAGGCCCAAGUACACUGGUCAAUAACAUACAGAAGCUCAUUGGUGCCACACCACGGGGUUCCAAGCACUACGUUUCAUGUUCUGCAGUCAAUACCCUGGCCUAUAUUAUCUUCACCAUCAAAGGCAUCAACUACCCAGUGCCAGAUCGAGCCUACAUCCUCAAGGAUUCUAGAAGACACUGCUACACAACCUUUGAACAGAACAAAGUGAGUUCAUCUAAAGAGACCUGGAUCCUGGGUUAUGUCUUCCGGAGGCUGUAUUUUUCCGUCUUUGAUUGA